AUGUUGCCUACUGAUCCUAUGAAGAAGUUAUCAUUCAAGCGACACAUUAGUGAUGGAGAUUUGGUUAUAGUAUACGAAAAACACGACAACAUGAAGGCUGUAAAAGUAUCAGAAAAGUCUGUUCUUGAGAACCGAUUCGGUGUUUUCAAGCAUUCAGAUUGGAUUGGGAAACCAUUUGGCUGCAAAGUGUGUAGCCACAAGGGUGGAUUCGUUUACUUAUUAGCUCCAACUCCUGAGCUAUGGACAUUGGUUUUAAGCCACAGAACUCAAAUUCUUUACAUUGCUGACAUCAGCUUUGUGGUCAUGUACUUAGAACUGAUUCCUGGUUGUGUUGUGCUUGAAUCUGGAACUGGAAGUGGAUCUUUGACAACUUCACUAGCAAGAGCCAUUGCUCCUACUGGACAUGUCUAUACAUUUGAUUUCCAUGAACAGAGAGCUAUAGCUGCUAGAGAAGAUUUUGAGAAGACAGGAUUGAGUGAUUUGGUGAGUGUGGGAGUGAGAGAUAUUCAGGGUGAGGGGUUUCCUAAAGAUUUAAUUGGAAGGGCAGAUGCUGUCUUUUUGGAUCUACCUCAACCUUGGCUUGCUAUUCCUUCUGCUGGAGAAAUGUUGAAAGAAGAUGGAGUUUUGUGUUCAUUCUCACCUUGCAUUGAACAAGUGCAACGAUCAUCUGAAACUCUUGCAUCAAAUUCUUUUACUGAUAUAAGGACAUUUGAGGUCUUACUACGCACAUAUGAAGUCCGAGAAGCAAAAAUGGAUCAAUGUCAAACUCAAACUGAAGAAGGGACUCCUGGGGCCCGCCCAUUUAAGAGAAAGCAACGUGCAAGUGAAGCAAGUCAUUGGCAAGCGGAUAAUUCGGGUUCCCCUAUGGUCAUGGCUAGGCCUUCGGGUGAGGCAAAAGGCCACACGGGGUAUCUAACAUUUGCUAGACUUAAAUGUAUUGCAUGAAUCAUGAUGGCAUAAGCCUAAGAGGCUUUUUCUUUUUGACUUAAUGGAGUGAAUGAGUUAUGCUUUUAAUCUGGACAACCAUGCAUGGUUGUUUCUUUUUUACUUAAUCUAGACAUAUGGGUCAAGCCAAAAUUCAAAAACUUGGCUUAUUUUGCCGGCUACAGCUAUACAUG